AGUUUCCAGCAUGGUAAAGGUCAGGAUGAAUCAGCUUGUGGGAGACCAGACAGGCCCGCUCAUGUCCCCGCUGCAGCUCUCCGUCUACUGGCGCCUCGCUCUAAUCUUCUUCUUCACGGCUUUCCUCUUUUUUCUGGACAUUUUCACCACCGCUGUGGUCGCUGAGACAUGUCGCCAUGGCAAUGAUACUGGCACGUUUGCUUCGUGGCUUGAAAAGUUGGCACCGAACAAGGAGGAAAACCAAUCAGCGCUCAGCAAGGUUUUAAAGGACGACGCCGAUUGGAGGACAGAGAGCGGGAUCCGAGACUCAGUGUGUGGUUGGACAGACUGGUUGUCUUAUGGUCAGAUGCUCUUCAUGACUGGUCUGCUGCUGGGAUCUCUGUUUGGAGGAGCCAUAUCUGACCGGUACGGAAAGCGUCCAGUACUGCUGAUUUCCAUGUGCGUGCACGCCGUGUGUGGCCUCGUUCCUGCUGUCUUUCCUCAACCACUCCUCUUCCUUAUUCUUCGCUGCCUGACUGGAAUCUGCUGCUGCUGCAUCAACAUCUGCGCCUUCAGUUUAGCAGUGGAGUGGACUCCCCCUGAUUCUCGGCUGUGGCCGCCGGCUUUCCUGCCAUUCUGCUUCAGCCUGGGGACAAUGGGUGGAGCUCCUUUGGCCUGGCUCAACCCUACCUGGACACGUCUGCACCUGUCACUGGCUCUGCCUCAGAUCAUUUGUCUGCCACUCUACCUUUCAAUCCCAGAGUCUCCCCGAUGGCUGUUGUUAAAGAAGAGGACAGAUAUCCUGGACCGUUACCGGAGCAACAGCCCUGCAGAUAACCAGCGCUUGGACCUGUGCGGCAUCAGCUUUGACAUACUAUGGAAUUUGUUUGAACAUCGGCUCAUUCGGUGUUGGCGUUUACUCCGCCCAGUUCUUUUCCGGGCUAUCAGAAGCUCCCUGCUUGCUUGUCCCAUUGGUUCGUCUGGGACGCCGGCCAAUGAGCAUGCUCGCUCUGUUCCUCAGUGGAGCUGCCUGCUUCGUGUCGUUACUCCUGUCCAGGUACAAUGGUACGCCGAUGCUGGUUAUGAGUCUGGCUCUGUUGGGGAAACUCUGCGUCCUGGCUGCCAUCUUUAUCUCCACUCUGUACAGCAUUGAACUGUUCCCCACUGUGGUCAGGUAGAAAACAACACAACACUCUUUAAUGCAGGUUUUCCACAAGCAGACAUUCCUCUAAUGUUCACUUGAGCCUGGCUUCAAACUUAAAAUGUCCAGAUUUACUGCAAAAUAAACAUGUUUAUAACCUGUUUAAUUUACCUCUUUCUAACAGCCUUAUGGGGGUGGAGGUACAUGUCUUAUAACGCUUGUAUUAAAAAUUAGCUGUUUUUUAAAAAUAGGGGCGUGGCCUCUUUGACU